AACACGAUUCGCGCCGGAAGGCGAGGAGGCGGACAUGUGUGAUUCGGGGCGAAAGGCGAGGAGCGCGUGAGAUGCAAGAGAAGAGCACACCCAUUCGAGGAUCUGCGGCCGGUAGACUCGCAUGUCGUUUUACAAGCUAAGCGAAGCCAGGGUCCCUCCGUUGGACCUGGCAGCCGCGUCCGAGACCAUCUGCAAUUGGAAAUUGCACGUGUGGAAUAGGCUGAGGGCUGGAAAGAACACGAGGUGCAGGGUAUCAUCCUUCGAAUCCACCAAGCCUUCAAGUAUAUUGUUUACGACAAUCAGGAAGGCAGAGGGUGCUGAGGAGAGCCAUAUAAAGAGGAUUCAGAGGAGUAAGGAGAACCAUAUAAGAGGAUUUAGAGGAGUAAGGUACUGUUUUCCUACUUCUAUUGCUGCCAGGAAUUCACCGUGUAUGGCUCAUGCCCUUCUGUGUGAGCAAAAGAUUUGGACCUUUUGGAUUUAUCGUCGCAUUCCUGGGUGAACUCAACUACUCAAGCCCGGAGGAUUAUUGUUCUACUUCUGGACCUACAUGUAGUUUUCCUAACGCUGAUGUGAGUGGUCUAUUUCUUUUCUUAUAUCAUGCCAUACUUAUAAUGUCUUACAUGUGAAUCUACACACUUGGUAUAUGCAUACUAUUUUUAUUUGGACGGUUCUAUUGUUUAAUUUGGUUUAAAUCACCACAUACUGGUUGAAAACCUUUUCUUCUCCCACCACUUGCAGAAUUCCCAAAGCUCUGCAAUGAAGCUUUUUCUUCUUUCACAGCUGUUUAAAUUCUCAAAGAUACCACACUAAAAUUGGGGUUAAUUUUUUUUUCAUUUCUGGUUGCUUUUUCCAGGGAUAUUGGAGAAUGAUUUUUUGGGUCACAAAAAGUCAGGCAUUGUGCCAUUGAAUUACCAUCACUAGAUUACUUGAUAAGUAAAAGUUAUGAAUGCACCGAAGUAUUUAUAUUGGCUGCUGCCGUGGUGGAAGAGUCUUACUAUUUAUCUAGAUUGGCCUUCCCUUUGGCUGAUCUACUUAGCUUUGAUAGUGGUGCUGAAUCAAUUCUUGAGUAUAAUUAUAAAUUUGCUU